UUCAAAUCAGACCUAGCAUCGUCUCGUCGAUCAGAUAUAAAGAGGAAAGAAUGGUCGUAGCAGCUCCCUCUCAGGCCGAGGCCUAUCUCUUGGCGUGCACCUCGAUCGUCAGGGACCUCAUCACAGGCGUUCAAGCGGAAGAGGAGAUCAACCUCAAUCAACUCCGUCUCAAGUAUGGGAAAAAGUACAAAGUCAAGGGGGUCCCCCGACUGGUAGAUAUCCUCAGCGCGGUACCUGUAGAAUGGCAGGAUCGUCUCAAAGGAGCCCUGAGGGCUAAGCCUGUCAGGACGGCUAGUGGUAUCGCCGCCGUCGCCGUCAUGUGCAAGCCUCACCGAUGUCCUCAUGUCGCCAUGACAGGAAACAUCUGCGUCUAUUGUCCAGGAGGUCCGGACUCUGACUUUGAGUACAGUACGCAGAGUUAUACGGGAUACGAGCCGACAUCCAUGCGAGCCAUUCGAGCUCGGUACGACCCUUACGAGCAGGCUCGAGGCAGGAUUGACCAGCUCAAAGGGUUAGGUCACAGCGUCGACAAGGUCGAAUACAUUAUCAUGGGUGGAACGUUCAUGUCCAUGCCUGAAGACUACCGUCAGAAAUUCGUAGCGGGUCUACAUAACGCCUUGUCGGGAUAUACUGGUCUGGAUAUCGAUGAAGCAGUACGAUAUUCGGAGCAGAGCAAGACUAAAUGUGUGGGGAUCACGAUCGAGACACGGCCGGAUUAUUGCCUGAAGCCGCAUCUAAGUCAAAUGCUCCGUUAUGGGUGCACUCGUCUCGAAGUCGGUGUACAAUCCGUCUACGAAGACGUCGCCAGGGACACGAAUCGAGGCCACACCGUCCGCGCCGUCUCUGAAUCCUUCCACCUUUCCAAGGACGCUGGAUACAAGAUUGUCGCCCAUAUGAUGCCCGACCUUCCCAAUUGCGGAAUUGAGCGAGAUAUCUGGCAGUUUCAAGAAUUCUUCGAGAACCCGGCGUUUCGAAGCGAUGGUCUGAAGCUGUACCCGACCUUGGUCAUCCGUGGGACCGGGUUGUACGAGCUCUGGAGGACGGGCAAGUACAAGAACUAUACGCCCAACGCUUUGGUCGACAUUGUGGCUCGAAUUCUCGCUCUGGUUCCCCCUUGGACGCGGGUCUACCGAGUACAGAGAGAUAUCCCGAUGCCCCUGGUCUCCUCCGGAGUCGAGAACGGAAACUUGCGGCAACUGGCUCUUGAUAGGAUGAAGGACUUUGGAGCAGACUGUCGUGAUGUGCGAUAUCGAGAAGUUGGGAUGUCCGAGAUUCAUCAGCGAGUACGGCCACAGUCGCUAGAGCUCCUGCGAAGGGACUACAGUGCCAACGGGGGCUGGGAGACCUUCCUCUCUUACGAGGAUCCUGAGCAAGACAUUCUCGUGGGCUUGCUUCGAUUGCGAAAGUGUUCGGAAGAGGGGACGUUCCGUAAGGAGCUGACCGGUAUCGACGGAGGAUGCAGCAUUGUUCGGGAACUGCACGUCUACGGAACUGCAGUGCAGGUGCACAGUCGAGAUCCCAAGGUGUUCCAGCAUCAGGGUAUUGGGACCCUCUUGAUGGAAGAGGCCGAACGUAUCGCUCGAGAAGAACACGGCAGUGGCAAGAUCGCGGUGAUUUCGGGUGUGGGCACGCGGGACUAUUAUAGGCGUCUUGGUUAUGAACUCGAGGGGGUUUAUAUGACCAAGAUGCUCGACUAUGACGAGUGAUUGGGGUCGUAAUCCAUGUAUCGAAUAGAGAGAUCGCCUCGGGCCGGUUG